UCAUUGCCCUCAGCCAAUGAGACGACGGCUCUAUGUUCAGGCACACUUUAAAAACCACUCAGUUGUAAACAAUGAUAGUCAGUUAUUUCGUUCAUUGGUGAAAGGCUUCCAGGCAGGAUGAUGUUUGGCUCGCUCCUUGCGCUAUGCAUGAGUGCAGUGUUUGCUGCUCCAAGCUUAGACCAGCAGUUAAAUGACCACUGGCACCUCUGGAAGAGCUGGCAUGGAAAAAACUACCACGAGAAAGAAGAGGGCUGGAGGAGAAUAGUGUGGGAGAAGAACUUCAGAAAAAUUGAGUUGCAUAACCUUGAGCACUCCGUGGGCAAACACUCCUUCCGACUGGGCAUGAACCAAUUUGGUGACAUGACAAAUGAGGAGUUCAAACAGGCGAUGAAUGGUUACAGUCAUGACCCCAACCGGAAGUCAAAAGGCUCAUUGUUUAUGGAACCCAGCUUUUUUGAAGCCCCCCAACAAGUUGACUGGAGAGAGAAGGGUUAUGUUACCCGUGUUAAAGACCAAAAACGAUGUGGUUCUUGUUGGGCUUUCAGCUCAACGGGUGCCUUGGAGGGUCAGCUGUUCCGUAAAACGGGAAAGCUAGUUUCUUUGAGUGAGCAAAACUUGGUGGACUGUUCUAGGCCGGAGGGCAAUCAUGGCUGUGAUGGAGGCCUCAUGGACCAGGCCUUCCAGUAUGUUCAGGACAACAAUGGGCUGGAUUCUGAAGAGUCGUAUCCCUACCUUGCAACGGAUAACCAGCCAUGCCGCUACGACCCCAGUUAUAAUGCUGCUAAUGAUACUGGUUUUGUGGACAUUCCCAGUGGUAAAGAGCAUGCUUUGAUGAAGGCUGUUGCUGCUGUGGGUCCUAUAGCUGUUGCUAUUGAUGCUGCACAUGAAUCCUUCCAGUUCUACCAGUCUGGCAUCUAUUAUGAGAAGGAGUGCAGCAGUGAAGAACUUGACCAUGGAGUCUUGGUGGUUGGUUACGGUUAUGAGGGUGCUGAUGUUGCUGGGAAGAGAUACUGGAUUGUAAAGAACAGCUGGACUGAGAAAUGGGGUAACAAAGGCUACAUCUACAUGGCUAAAGACCGAAAUAACCAUUGUGGCAUUGCGACAGCUGGAAGCUAUCCUCUAGUAUAAGGCCACUGGACUGUUCUCUGCAUUCUGGAAAUGCCAGUUUAUUGGCCUUUUGUGGUUUCUUUUAAUUUAAACUUUUUUUUUUUUCCUUUUUUUAAUUCUACCAUUGUUUUUAUUAAAUAUUGUGAUGCAUUUAGUCUGACUUUAAUGUUUUUCUUUUUUUCGUUAGAACACCUGAUUUGCCUGUUUUUAUUUUGUGCUUUACAAGUCAUUUUAUUGUUUUAAUUUUGAAACACUGCCAGUUUGUAGCAAGGUUUAAGCUAUCUUGGAAUGCACUACUAUCAGAAGCAGCCCCCUCGAUCCUGUGAACCCUUUUCUAUUGUGAUACAAUUUCACUGUAUUUGCGUCUUGACAUUCUUUUGAGCAAUGUAACAAAUGUGAAUCUGUCUUGUAUUUGAGUUACACAAAUGCUGUGCUUUAUCUCGACCUGUAAAAGGGCAAAUAUUAAACUUGCUUGUAUGAAAAGCUA